UUUAAUUUAUUUGCUGCUUUUAGAAAAAUCUUAUAUGGAUUCUAAAGAAUUGGAAGGGGAUGCUUCCACAUCAACAAUAAAAGAUUUUGAAUCUGAUGAUCAGCCAGAAAUGAAACGUGCUAGACAUCCUAAAUAUUUACAUGUUGCUGUAGCUGGUUGUUCUCAUGGUCAAAUGGAUACAAUAUAUGAACGUUUAACAAAUGUAGAAAAACAAAGAAAUGUAAAAUUUGACUUACUUUUAUGUUGUGGGGAUUUUCAAGUAAUUUUAUUUAAAAAUAUUUUUUUAUUAUAA